AUGUUAGUGUAAACAAUAUGGCCGUUAGAACAAGUGAACAGCUCAUCUUGAUUUUGAAAAGAUACUUACCAAGGCAAAGACAUCCUCUAAAUAAAAAGCAUUUUUUUAUUUCAAACUCACUACCUUUAACUAAAUACAAUAAUAUCCAGUUGCGCCUUUCAGAGAAAGAUAUUUUCCAGCGCAUUACUAGUUUAUUUUGUCGAAAUUUCGUAUCAGUUUUUUCCUCGCUUGGUCUCAUAGCCGGAGUAGGACUUGUCAGGGUCGAUGGCUCCGUUUUUCUUGGCGAGCCGGGCGUUGUUCUCUUAUCGUCCUCGUCCUCAAAUAAGUCUAUAGGUAUGAAGAAAAUAGUGUAAAUUUGGAGAGAUGUCACGACAUGGCCGUCAUCUUGGUUGACACGACCAGUUAAUUCUGUCACUAAACUAAAAAUGUAAUUUUUAUGUAUCCCUAAACCUAACCUGAACCCUAAAUAUAUCCCUAAACCUAACCUGAACCCUAAAUAUAUCCCUAAACCUUACCUGAACCCUAAUUCACUGCAACUAUAAUAAACACGCAAAUGACGUCAUGCUGACAUCUCUCCAAAUAAGCCGAAAAGAGACAUCCCAUAAUAUUUUAAAUACAAGUUAGUAAUAAUAAUUGUGGACAAUCAGAAAUAACACCUACAGUAGAACUUAAGUCUUAAGCUAUGUCAAUGUGUACAUGACAUGGCCAUUGCUCUAAUUCAAAGUUGUUAUGUUACCCUCAUUCGAAAAGAAAGAGCCAGUUCAGUAGACCAAAUUAGUUAACAUAGAAAGACUCAGUCAGAAUGAGUAAGAGAUAAAAGUUUAGAUAAAAAAAUGUGGGUUUACCUGUUAGGCUUAGGACCUACCGGUAGUGAAUAUAGUUAUAGUAAAUGUACUCAAAAGAUAGAGAAUAAAAAAGAUGAUGAAAUAUCAUAAUCAUACUUCAGAAUAACAUUAAAUUGUAUUUGCAUAGGCAUAUUAAAAGUUAGGUUCAUACACUGUCUUCGUUUCAAAAAAUUAUUAUUUAACUAUUAAAAAUACUGGUAAAAGUAAAGGUAUAUGGUAAUCAAUGGUGUGCUAACUUAAGACUAAACUAACUUAAUUUUUAAAAGCAUUCAUCACAAAAUUUUUAAAGACAUUACUUCCAUAACUCAAUAUCAAUAUUUGUCUUCAUCUCUCUGUAGAUUAUAUGUAUAUGUUGCUUCGAUUAAAUGUCUCUUCAUGAAAUGUCUGUCAAUAACAUCCCCCCCCUCCCUAUCUAUCGCUCUCAUUUAGUGAUGGCUAUGGCUAUAACUAUUUUCCCCAUCAGUAAGAAUUUAUUAAUCUUGUGUUUAUCAGUAAACAUUGCUGAUGUAAUUUAUUAUGGUUUAUUAAGCAAAUGAAAUGUAUGAAGUUAAAAUCUGUAGGAUAGUCUUAGUACGGUAUUUAUUCAAUAUUUGUUUGCAAUUUUAAACUAACAAUUAUAAUCAACACAUACAUUUAAACAGAUGAUGCUCUAUUAACAGCCUGUAGGCUGGGAUUAGCAUCUGAGGUCUCAAGGUAUGAUGAAUGAAUGUAUGUAAUUAUUUUUGUCUCCCUUUUCACUGGUCUUAAAUUAGCUUUUCAAUAUGAUUUCAAAUAAGCAAUGAGGUACCUUUCCUUUUUAAUUGGAAAAAAAAAGUUAUCUAUAGGUAAAAGCGAAGUCAUUUUAAGUAAUUUGCAGUACCGGUAAUUAUUUAACAGAAAGUACUGUUGAAACUUUUUAAAAACUACAACACAUCACAAUUUAGCUAAUUAUUUUCAUUUUUUAGCAGUGAUAGCUAACUAAAUUUCUGUUAAUUAAAUAUUCUUUUAUUCGCUGAACUAUUAAGGGUAUAAUUGUGCAUUGUUAUUGUUAUUACUGGUAAAUCAAUAAUUUCUAUUAUUUAUACCCGAAAUGAAUUUUCAAUUUAUUCGCUGAACUAUUAAGGGUAUAAUUGUGCAUUGUUAUUACUGGUAAAUCAAUAAUUUCUAUUAUUUAUACCCGAAAUGAAUUUUCAAAAUUUAAAAAAACAGACUAUUAAAACUUGGAGCCCAACCAGAUAAGUGUCAUGAGCUCGGAUGGACAGCACUUCAUGUUGCUGCAGUUAACAGGAAAUCCAAGUAAGUGCAAAGGAAAGCAUUGGAAAUUUAGUCUAUUUAAAUUCAACAUUUAAAGCAGAUAUAUUAUAUGAGAAUGGUGUGCAGCUACAAUAUUGGAUUUAACUUUUUUUUUGGUGUGUGGGCUGAAUUUUAUCUACUAUUAUAUUUCUUUUUUAUUUUAAAAACAAAUGAAAAUUUUACACAAAUAAUUCUUACAAUAUAUUAAUGCCGGUACCGGUAAUAUAUAUUAUAAAAUUAAACAUUUACAGAAUAGUAGAGCUUCUUCUAGGAGCAGGUGCAGAUCCCAAUUGUCUAGAUCAGUUUACAUCUGUAACGCAAAAGGCUAGAGAGAAGCAGUUAAAUAGUUUACAUGGUAAGUCAAGUAGACCACCUACAAGAAAGGUCUAAAAAAACAACUUUUGACUGUUAUUAAGUUAUUAUAAUACUUUGCAGGUAGUUGAACUUAAGUCUUGCAAAAAGAGGUAUCAAUGAGUCAGACUGAGUUAGGUAAAUCUAUAGACAAUUUUUUAUCAAUAGCAAAUCAAAAAAAUGAUAUUUGAAAAAAAAAACUAAGCUCCAUAUAAAUAUAACAGUAGCUUUACCCCUGGCUGUAGAACAUAUUUAAAUUUGUUAAUCUUUUCUAUGCUACUGAAAAGGACAAUCAAUGUUUUUUAAAAUGUACUUCUCUUAAUUUUUAAAUGCAAUUUCAGGUCAAAAUAUUUGUUGAAAAGAUGAUCUAUGCUGUUAAUUUGAAAUUAUCAAAAUGCUUCGUAAAGAGAAUAUUUUAUCCCUUAGACUGAGUGUAAUUUGUGAUUUCGUUUAAAUUGCAUUUAUAAAUUAUGGAUACCUGCCUGCUACUGAGUUUUGUUAAGAAAAUGUAUUUAAUUAAUAAUACAAUAAAAGGUACAGAUUUCUAAGCUUAUAAUUUAAGUACGGUAUUUUUGUCUCUAGUUUGAAAGUGGGUUUUAAAAUUUUCGUUCUUUCUACAUGAAUAGUUUUACUCACAAGAGAGGAGGAGUUUUCUGAUAGACUCAGCAACCGUGCAAAUUUUCAGAACUGUACACCACUACAUUAUGCUGCCCUUGUCAAUGACAUUGAGAGCAUCAAAUUGCUUUUGGAGGCUGGUACAUUAAUUUCUAUUAUUUUAGUGGGUUUUUAAGGUUAUUAUUAUUAUUAUUAUUAUCCACCGUUUAUUGGUGAGUUCUGUAAGAGCUGAAAAAAACAUCUGUCACCACCACCCUCUCGGACACAUAUUUUUUAUUCUGUUUUUUCUGUUGUUAAUUCGCUAAUGAAGGCUUCCUGGCGACACGUUAGUUGUUUUGUUGCUUUUGUUUUUUCAGGUUUAACCUUACUUUGUUUGACUCAUUUCCACCACCUAGUACCGGUACCAGCAAUUUAGAACACUUUAAGUUAUAAACCCUUUAAAAAAUAGUUCACAGUCUUUAGAGGUCUAGCUACUGGUAGGGUGUUUAAAGAUUGUAGAACACAGGUGUUUUCUUAUUUUAUUUAAAAUGGGAUUUUCUCAGUUUAUUAUAUGAUUAUUUUGCGAUAGUUCACAGUCUUUAGAGGUCUAGCUACUGGUCGGGUGUUUAAAGAUUGUAGAACACAGGUGUUUUCUUAUUGUUAAUUAAAAUGGGAUUUUCUCAGUUUAUUAUAUGAUUAUUUUGCGAUUUUGAUCCAAAAAUGAUUAAGUUCAUUAAGUCACACACGAUAUUAAUUUAAUGAGAUAAAAUUAUAACAUUGAUAAUUUUUUCAGUGUUUAAUUAAAUAUCCUUUAAAAGAGUUAGUUUUACACUCUAAAAAAUAUUUGUGAAGCCUAGAUAAUCGUUAAACAUAAUUCAUUAAGGUACUGUAAUAACAUCUUGCUUUUUAUACAACAGUAUCACAGUACGGUAAUAACAUCUUGUUUUUUUUACAAUACCACAGUAGUGUAAUAACAUCUUGUUUUUUAUACAACAAUAGUACUGUACUGUAAAAUCAUCUUGUUUUUCAUACAACAAUGCCCAUGUCAUAAAUUUAAUUCUACAGGUGCAGAUCCAACAAUUGAAAAUACUUUGGGGCAUAAGGCUAUUGAGUAUUCCAGAGAUGCUGAAGCUACAGAGCUCAUUGCAGUUUAUACCAAAAAGGUAUUAAAUUAAUGAUUAUUAACAUUGAACAACAUUUAGUUGCUGUGGGUGCAAUAGUUAUAUUAUUAUUAUUAUCUGGUACCAGAGUAAUACAUUAAUAAAAUUGUAUGCUUUUUAUCAACACUUAGUCGCUUAGCAGAUAUUCAUAUGUACAUGGUUGUUGAUAAGGUUAGGAAUUUUUGUUGGGUCUCCAAGAAUGAAAACAUUGCAAGAAUUUGAAUGUUAUAAUUGUAAAAUCAUUCUCAAGUUUUCAAUUAAAUAUCCCAUAUUUGAAGUCUCACACUCACAAUGACGUCAUUUUCCAUGGUUGUGGGGAGAAGGAUUGUGAACAAAAUAGAAGAUUUUAUUGAAUGAUACCUGUGUUAUGGAUGAUUUAUAUUAUAUACCGGUACCCGUAAAUUUGAAAUAGGAGUUUACAUUUUCCCUUUAAUGUAAUUUCCACAAGAACAAAAGGACACCGGUAGUUCUGGUAAUGUUUCGUUGCUGCAUCCAUGUACUGGCAUCUUUGCAACGGUUGGGGAUAUGAUGUUGCUAUUUUAACAGCUCCUAGCUGAUGCCAGGGCAGCCUUGAAGCUUUCGACCGAUUUCGAGUUCACAGAAGCAUCGUUCAGGUGGUUCCGCAUGGGAAGAAAUAUUGUUGAUACCGGUACUGCACUGUGGUACUUUGAAGCAUUUUCUAUUGUUUCUGGUGUAAUUAUUUAUGGGAAUGUCAGUGGUUAAGUCAGUGUUCAGUGAGCGUUUUGCUCUGAUCAGUCUACCCGGCUUUUGUUGGGUGAGGUACGUGCCUGCUGGGAUGGCCGGCACCAGUCCCAUGAUCACUUUAUAUAAGAAUAUCAGGCGGAGUCCCUCUCGUCUGUCUUUAAGGGGUGGGAUGUCAAAUCUUUUUAUGAGGCCAGUGAUGAAGCCAGGAGUGGUGGAUUUGUAGUCUCGAGCGAUAAAACGCAGCACGUUACGUUGAAUUCGCUCCAUCGUGUCCAUGUCUUGCUUAAGGUGUGGGUCCCAGAUGAUCGCACCAUAUUCCAGUAGUGGACGGACGAGUGUGAGAUUGGCAUUUCGUUUGCAGGAAGUUGGGUAGGUAUUGGGAUAAUUGCCUAAUUUUUGUUAAAGCUAUCAUUACAGGUAUUUAAUUUAAGUUAUUUAAGAUGGUUGUUUUCAAUUCAGAGUGUUAUUUUCUAAAUCCAACUGAUAGAUUCAUGAUAAGAAAGCGGCUGAGGAGGCAGAUGAGAGAAGACGGUUUCCUUUAGAACAGAGAUUGAAGGAACACAUUAUUGGACAGGAAGCAGCCAUCAAUACAGUAGCAGCAGGUAGAUAGCUGUUUGUUGGUCAUUUUGAUAAAUUCUUCCUCUCCAUAAAUAACACUUUAAAUCCACAUAGCACAUGGAGUAAAAGAAAAAUUAACUUCUACUUCUAUCCACAUGACUUUAAAAAAAAAAAAAGCCAGUUUCUAUAAAGAUUCCCAUUAUAUCAUUGGCAUAUUUACCUGAUGAUGAUUUUGUUAGCAACCAAAUAUAUCAGCAGUGACACCUUAGAGGGGGCAUAACUGUCAAUGAUUGGCCAUUAUGACAGUAUAGGGUUAAAAACCAAUAUUGGUAUGGUUCAUCAGUAGGUAAUGCUAGCAAUGAUACCAUGGCAUUUAAAACUGUUGAGUUGAGAGCCCCCAAAGGGAUCACCAGGUCAAAUUAACCCAGUCCUGCCUAACCUACUUUUGAUGUUAACUCUCUCAUAUGUCUAAGUUAAGGGGUAAAAAUGCUGUUAAGAAACAUACAUUAUUAAAAAAAAAGACGUCUACCACUCACCGGGUAAUAUAAAAAGUAAAAAGUCUUUGUUUUUUUUAUUAGUAUAAAAAAAAAUUGAAUGAACCAUUAUAUAAUUACAAUUUUAAAAACUGGUUAUUUAGAGAACAACCCUUCAAUUGUAUUAUCUGAAGUGGAUCAUAUUGGUACAUUUUAAGAAGUUCACUUUCAGAAAAUGUACAUGUAUUUAUUGUAAGUACCGGUAUCUGAAUUAAAUUUGUAUGGAGGGUUUUGUUAUUUUAGACUAGCAUAUCGAAGUGGUGCAAAUGGCUGGAAUUUGAAGCCAAUGAGCAAAUGCUGUCGACAGUCAUGAGUCAUAGGGUGAAAGUCUGUUUCAAAUAUUAUUUUAACUGUCUGUAUAGUGCAUCAAAUUACCUCGUACAUAAUUUCAAUAGAUUUUAUAUUGAUCUGUUUGAUUGUUUCAUCAGCUAAACUUUGCAUACGCUUGGAAAGCCAUGCUGAAUUUUAGAAAUUUUUUUAUUAUAAAGUUAAAGAUAAAACAAGUCAGCUUUUGUCAAAAAGAAAAGUUAUGUUUUAAUUUAACUUAAGCAGAUAUGUUGUAAGAUGGUACUGGUAGUUAGAGUGUUGAUCUGAACAAGUCAAUCUUUCAAAUCUUAUGGUACAGUACUUGUACCACCAAAAAGGUACCAGUUUUUUGGUUUAAAUUUUAAUUAAAAAACAAAUUCUUAGUUCAUCAUACCCUAAAAGUUAAGGUGUUUUUUUAAUUUCUUAUUCACAGCUGUGAGACGAAAACAGAAUGGUUGGUAUGAUGAAGAUCAUCCUCUUGUGUUCCUUUUCUUAGGGUCUUCUGGGAUAGGUAUGUUGGUUAAUUACAGCUUACAAGAGCUUUAGACAAGUACCCUUGUAUGUGUUGUUUUUAUUAACCUCUUUGUUUCUGUUAUGCCAUUAAAUUAUAAAUAAGUCUCAGCAUUAUUUUGCCAGUUCCUAUCAGGCAGCAUACAUGUGAGUCUCAACUUUAUGGCAACGGAAGAGUAAAAACUUCUCAUCAGUUUAUUGUCAUAGGGAUACUUAAUCACUUUGGUACUUCUUGCAGUUAAGUAUACAGCCCUGAAGCUGCACCAGCGUGUAGCAGUGCUGUAUUAUGUCAUGUUAUUUUGGAAUAAUAAGUCUACUGUACUGGUACCUUUCCGACUGUGCCAUACAAAGUAUACCUUGACCACUGUAUCCCCCCCUUUAUACUUACACUACUACCGGUACUGAACAUCUAACAAUAGGGAUAUAAAUAUAUAUAAUCAGACCUGUUUACAGAGGAACUCCCAAAGUAGUACAAAAUAGUCUCAGAAUAGUACUUAACCAUCUCAAAAGAAAUAAUGAUACAGUAUAAUGUAGACAAUAACUGUUAGCAUCCCAUGCUAAGAUCUACUUCUCAAAGGAGAUGACUGACAUUUAUAUACAGUGUAAUUAUAAGUAUUACAAUUAAAAAGGCGCUCCUCAUUUGCCACUUUGAUAGACCAAGAUGUGGUGAGGGAGCGGAAAUUGAGGACACCCGCCGAAGUCACCCAAGCUUAAGUGGGGUGGGGUUUGGGGAGGAGGCUGAGCCCCCUUCCCAGAAUUUUUUUAUUGAUUCAAAAUGCGGGGAUGCACUUUUGUUUAUAUGGUACCUGAAUAUAGUUUUGCAUCAUUCUACACUUAAUCAUAAUUCUUGUGGAAAUUAGGUUCCCUCUACCUAAAUGUGUUCAUAUAAAUCCUUAUUAUUUUCUUAGCAACUUAAUAGUAAAAUUCUUUUAUAAUUUAUCACUUUUUUUAAAUCUGUUUUUUUAAAAAUCAGUCCAAAAAUGGGAUGGGUACGCAGAGAUGGCACGUACCAUCACAAAAUUGAAAAAGGAUGAAUUAUGUAAAAUUUCAAAUGUGCAUUUAUGCCUGAAGUGAAAAUGUUCACUACUGGUAAUUGAAAUAAGAAGUAAGUUAAUUUGUGAUACAUCCAAAAUACCACAAUAUUUAACAUGGUGGGCUGCCCACCCCUGCAUUAAGCCUAGGAGCCUGAUUUUAAUUUCCUUUAACAAAUUGUAGUCUAUUAACUACUGCAAGCUGUAUUGGGAGAAGGGAAGAGGAGCGCCGGAGUAUUAAAAGUGUACAGCUGCUUAGUGACUUCUCAAAAUAGAUUUCAAAUGCCAUUUUCAUUUACUAGAUCCAAAAAAUUUUUUCAAAAUCUAACGAUGUUGUGUGAAUCAGUUGAGAAAGCAUUUUUUUAAAAAAAUUAGUAGUUUUCUCCAUUUUUGCCAUUGCCGCCAGUCAGCCGAAGAAUGAACUUAUGUCACAAAAUUACACCAUAAAGCACCAAAGGAAACAAAAGCGAAUGUUUACAAAAUGUGUUAAUGCAGGGGAAUACACUAAAUAUCAUUGUGCUGCAUUUAACGAGUUCAAGUUCAAUGUGAAAACUCAAAACUACAAUAUGAUGAUCAAUACGAAAUGUGGUGGUGUUAUUUUAUUGCCUUUAAAAAUAUUUAGACACCUCCCCUUACCCCUCCCAUGCGCACUUGAAUAUUUAGUAUUUAGUUUUGAAAUUAAUUUUAAUUAUUUAAAACUUAGUAGAAUCUGAUGAUUCUCAAAAUUAUGAUUAUGGAUACCAGUAGGGUAAGAGCAGAAUUUUAGUGCUUCAAAAGUCUGGUACUGGUACCAGUACAUAGAGCAUACCGUAGGUGAUGUUGAGGUGUUUUACUGACAUUGUCCCAUUGUACUUACUGGGGUAUUGGUAUAUAUUAUGAAAAUGCUGAGGGUGGAAAGGGUAUCUCUAAGCCAACAAUAAUAUUUAGCAUAGUAAAAACUUUAGUACCGGUACCAUACAUGGUAUGGUUCCUUUCGCGCGACAGUUCACUUUGUCAGUGUUUUGUAUGGGGGGUAGGAUGUCUAAAAAUGUUCAGCGGGAAUAGGGUGCUGAAUAUUACUUGUUAUAUGUUUAGCCAAGUGGGUGAUUGGUUGGUGGCUGACAGUUUGACAAAUCCAAGGAAAUCAGGUCUUUAGAACUAUAGUCUACAAGUUUAUUAUUUAUUGGUUCUUAGUGUAGGGUAAAAAGAAAUGGAGAGAGAAAAAGGUGGGGUAGAAAUAGAAAAAAGCACAAGUUGUUUCUAUCAUUUCAAACUGAGCGGGUUACAUUGGACCUGCCUGAUGUAUGACACAAGGGAAACAAUGACGUCAAUGAGAAUGAGAGCUCAUUGUACAUUCGCAUGGGGGGUGGGGGGGGGUGUAGUUGCCCCAAAAGGAUCGAUGCAUGGGGGGGGGGGGGGGUAAUUUUUUUUCUUUCAUAAUAUACGGAUCGCCCCUAAAAUAAUUUUAUGAAAUUACAAUAAACCUGAGGAAAAAACUUCCAAAAGGAUCGAUGCAUGGGGGGGGGGGGGUGUAAUUUUAUUUCAUUCAUAAUAUACGGAUCGCCCCUAAUAUAAUAUUAUGAAAUUACAAUCAACCUGAGGAAAAAACUAGCAUUGUUUACAUUCAUUAACAUGUGUUGAUAAAUUAAAUAACAACCAAAUAUUUAGAGUGAUCUCCAUUAUCAAAUUUUUACUAAAUUCUUGGUGGUUUAUGAUUAUAAUUUUUUUCAAAAUUUGACAAAUUGGUUAGUCAUCCUAAAGCAGUGUAAAACAAAUGCUGAUUUGAAAAUGCUUUGAAAUAUUGCAGGCCUUUCUGUACCAUUAAUGCUUCAACCAGAUAUAAUUUAAGAAAAUAUAAUUUAAGAAAGCAAGUGGCUAUUCUGUGUCACAUGAUACCGGUAUUUUAAAGUUAUAGACAAAAUUCUCAGUUAUCUCUAACUUUGAAAUCAGGCAAUAUUAACUCUUUCAUCCUCAGUACCCUACAUGAACAUCCUGUGUCCCACAAACCGAAACAGAGAGUUUGCUGUUUGUUUUGUACACAGUGCAUUUUAAGUUAUAGUAAGGGUCAAAAUAGUGAUUUCAGCAUUCUACUACAGAACUUGAUGUACUGGGUACUGGUGCAUUAAUAAAGACUAGUUUCUUGAAUUUAAAAAUUUGAUUUACUAGUACAUUGAAGACUAAUUUUUAAAGCAUAUGUCCUCUUUUAAGUAUUUAAGUGGGUUAUUCAGAAUGUUUUUGUUUUUAAUUGUGGGAGUUUUGCAUAUAUUUCAGUCCUGGUUUAUUCCAAACAAAUCAAUAACCAUAACAGACAGAUUGCUAUUUUUAUGUUUCUUAGACUCUGCCACCACCUAAAAAUUAAUGUACUGGUAUAUGUAAGCUUUAGUUAAUUAUUUAUAAAACUAAUAAGCCUGCCAAACAAUGGGGGCCACAAUUCGUGAAAUUUCAUCUACUAUGUUAUUCGACAAAACAUGCAUUCAAGUAACACACUUUAUAAGAUUCCCAAUUAGUGCUUACCCCCCCCCCCCCACCCACCCACAUCACCACCAUGAAAUAUAUUAAUAACCUACUGUGUCCCAACCCACCAACUAUUUCCGUAAAACAAAAAUAAAUUUUAUCUACUAUGUUAUUCGACCAAACAUGCAUUCAAGUAACACACUUUAUAAGAUUCCCAAUUAGUGCUUACCCCCCCCCCCCACCCACCCACAUCACCACCAUGAAAUAUAUUAAUAACCUACUGUGUCCCAACCCACCAACUAUUUCCGUAAAACAAAAACAAAAAAUUACACGCAGUAUUUUUAAGAAUCUCAUUUUCAUUUUUUUUACUGGUAGUGCAGUCAUCUAGAAUUUUUUUAGUGAAAUCAUCACAUCUGGUAGUGAUAUUGUUACAGUUACAUAGAGAAUUAUUAUUCUAAUUUUUUUACCAUUUCUAUUAUUAUUUUAGGUAAAACUGAAUUAGCUAAACAAGUUUCUCAUUAUCUGCACAAAGAUAAAAAAGAAGUAAGUUUCCUUACUCUUACUACCGUACCUGUACUUUAGAAGUAUAUAACUGGUAUCCGGCCACUUAUUCAUUACCUUUCACCUAUAAGAGCUACAGUACAAGUACAAAUUGAAAUUGCUUUCCAUAAUUGGGCUCAGGUGUAUAAAUAAAAUCCACCAAUCAUUAAAAAAAAAUUGCACUUAACUAUCACCAAGGGAUUUAAAGUGUGUCACACUGCCAAAAAUGUUUAAUCAAAAUGUUCUUUUUGUCAUCGGGCAGGAGUGGAGGGCAAAGAGUUGGCAAUCAAGAAUUGUAUGCUAUUAAUAAUUUUAGUAAUGCAUAACUCAGAGGUCAGCAACCAUGGUAAAAUGUAGAAGACCACAAAAAACCCCCCAAAAAAACACUUAAUACCUGGUAUAUAAAAGAUAUGGAACAGGUACUCUUACAGGUUGUUGGCAUGCUGAAUGAAUUAUAAAUUACCGGUAUACUUUGGCACAAUAUUACCAAAAGGUUGCCAUAACCUGACAUUCACAUAAACUAAUAAAAAAUAUUUUCUUACUUUUCAGGCCUUUAUAAGAAUAGAUAUGUCAGAAUAUCAGGAAAAACAUGAGGUCAGUGUAAUCAAAUUUUACUAUCCACUUUACCUACAACUACAAUACUGGUAACUUUUAAAUUAAAAAAAAAUUAAAUCAGCACUUUUAAUUUCUGCAAUUUUUAACAAUGCUUAACUACUGGUAAUCAUGGUCUGUAGUGUGCCGGUAAUUACCAUUUAUGUGAACAUAAAUUAAAUAGAGAGUUGGAUUUAUAUAUUUGAUUAAAAUGGUCUAGCAGAGAAGGGGAUUGUAGGUUGACGGAUAUGGAAUUUAUGGAGGAGAGAGGCAUAAAGAUACAAUCAAAUUGAUUACAAAUAUAGUUUCCUUAUUACUACCAAAACCUGGGAACAGAUAACCUUCUCAAAUCCUUCUUCCUCUGCUACUGAUCAUCUAAGUCAGGGGUUCUCAACCUGUGGAUCGAGACCCCUUUGGGGGUCGAACGACCCUUUCACAGGGCUGGCCUGAGACCAUCUGAAAAUAAAUAUACUCUACAGUAAUGAAGUAGCAACGAAAAUAAUUUUGUGGUUGGGGAUCGCCACACAUGAGGAUCUGUAUUAAAUGGUUGCGGCAUUAGGAAGGUUGAGAACCAAUGAUCUAAUUGGUUUUUUACCAAUGUGGAAUGCGUUAAAAGGGGUCAUGGUUACCGAUGGAAAAUGUGUGCAACAUGAAAUGCUGGUAUUUAAAAUCCUAUGGACAGAGUGAGCCACUGUGGAAAUCAACACACCAGGUUGAUGUGAACCAUAUUUUAAUUUUGCUAGGAUGCACAUUUAUUCAUUUUUUUAAUUGACCUCGUGUUGAUUAAGUGGGAUUUCCCAUUCAUUGUUUCUGGUUGACUAGAUCACUUUACACUUACUUAGGGCUCUGUUGACGGAAGAAAAGGUGCAUUCUAACUCGAACCUAGCUAAGUCUUCUUACAAGAGUGCAAGAUCACAGUUUAUUAAACAAACAUACAAAGAUAUAUAAAUAUACUGGAUAUGUUUUAGCCAGCCAAAAAAUGACAGCUGCAAUGUGUGAACUUCCCAUCUACUAAGUUACUUUUGAGUGCUAUUGAACUCACCAUUAAACCAUAACUACCUAGAGAAUUAUAUUAUAUUGAUUGAUACAGAAAGAGAGAGAGAGAGUCAAUGGUGUAGAAUGCUGUAUGGAUGUUUGAGAGGUAUUUGUGUGUGGUGUGGGCUGGGGAGUGUCUGGUAGCCUCAGGUCCAUGGGUGUAUCUUUUGUUGGCUCAUUUUCAUAUUUAAAAUUACUGUUGGUCCAAUAAUGACAUCUCCAAUGCUGUACCUUAGGUCCAAUAGUUACAUCAUCAUUGCUGUACCUAGGGUCCAAUAGUAACAUCACCAUUGCUGUACCUUGGAUCCAAUAGUAACAUCGCCAUUGCUGUACCUUGGAUCCUAUAGUAACAUCACCAUUGCUGUACCUAAGGUCCAAUAGUAACCAAUGAUGUACCUUGGGCUUAAUAGUAACAUUACCAGUGCUUUACCUUUGGUCCAGUAGAAACAUCACCAAUGCUGUACCUUAGGUCCAAUAGUAACAUCACCAAUGUUGUACGUUAGGUCCAAUAGUAACAUCACCAAUGCUGCACCUUGGGUCUAAUAGUAAUAUUGCCAAUGCCGUACCGGUACCUUUGGUCCAAUAGUAACACCACCAAUACUCUACCUUGGCAAAACAAAUACCUGUCAUUUAAGUUAUGGUACCAGGUACUGAACAUUUAAAACCAGUCUUGUUCUGUUGUGAUCUGUAACCUUUAUAUUGUUUCCAAUGAUACUGUUUUAUUUUUUUCUGUAAAAAAAAAAAAAAGACAAAAAAUAACAUUUUCAUUGUCAUCAAAAAAAAGAAUUGGCAGAGUUGCAACAGCUAAAAAAACUAUUCUGGUACCCCAGUACCAUACUUAUUAUUUCACCUCCUGAUUUACAUUACCGGUACAGCUCUAAAACCUUAUACUUAUACCUGGGUGUUAUACCAUGUAUGUUGACCUAGUUAUUCACCACAAGCCUGGUAUUCAACCUUACUUCCCCUCCCCCUUUUUUUGUUUUGAUAGUGACAUCACUGAUAAAAUUUGAAAGUGUGAUGCCAAUCUUUUUUUACCUACCCCUCCCUUCAUUUGGCAAACGGUUAUGUUCAAAUUUGCUCUAAAGAAUGCUAUCAGGUGAUGCUAUUUCUAGAAAUUCUUUUCUGGAGGGUUCCAACUUUCUCCCAAUGCAUAAGCAGGUGGUUUUCCCAUCUGGAAGAGAUUUUGCUAGUUUUCCUAGACACAAAAUUGUACUGUAAUAUAUAUUACAGUGGUUCUUAACCUUUUUGGAGGUACCGAACCCCACCAGUUUCAUAAGCGCAUUCACCGAACCCUUCUUAAUAGGAAAAAUAAAAUAUGAUUUUUUUUUUCUAAUUUUUUUUGGACCUCCGCCGAACCCCUGAGACUGACUCACCGAACACUUGGGGUUCGAUCGAACCUAGGUUAAGAACCACUGCUAUAUUAAUAUUUAUAUUUUUUGAGGAUUAUACUUUUUCACUUGCUGUAAGUUAAUAUAAUUUUUAUUUUUGUCUAUUUGGUUUUGUAUUUUUAUAUACAUUUAAUAGUACCAGUACAAUGAAAUUGAAUAUUGUUAAUAUCGCUAGUUUUGGUACCGUUUUUGUAUUUAUACUGAAUACUGGUUUUCAGUUCUUUGUUAUGUAUUGGUUAUUUAAAGAGCCACUUCUUAAAACAGAUUAAAAUUUUAAAAAACACAUGACGGUACAGAACAAUGUUUUUUGAUUGAAUUUGUAGGUUGCCAAGUUCAUUGGAUCUCCUCCAGGAUAUGUUGGUCACGAUGAGGGUGGUCAACUCACCAAGGCCUUGAGUAAAUGUUCUAAUGCUGUUGUUCUGUUUGAUGAGGUGGAUAAAGCGCACCCCGAUGUUCUCACAAUCAUGUUACAGUUAUUUGAUGAGGUGAGAUUUUUUUUAUACCGCAUAACCAUGUAAGGAGUGAUAUUAAUUUAAAUACAUUUUUCAUAAAAUAGCAGUAGGUUACUGGUAUUCAGAAUAUGUAAAAUAGAUGUAACAUUACAUAGCUGUAGUUACUAUUACUAGUAUGAGUGUUUAUUUUUUUUAAAUGCUAAAAUGAUUUGAAUCAUACCCCGGUAUAUUAUAAUUAUAAAUCUAAUGAGCAUGAUAUAAUUGUACUGAAGUAACUGCUAGCAAUCUAAUGGUGUCAUAAACUUUUAAUUGUUUUUAAAAGGUGGGGGAUUCUGCUAAUAGAGACAUAAUAUCUUCCUGGUUCAAAGUUUCUUUUCAUAACUUACAUUAAUAUCAUUUUUAGCUAGCUGAAACACAUUUAAAUAACUUUUGAACUAGCAAUUUCAAACUAAAUUUUAGCACUAAAAAAAAUCUUAACAGACUAAAUUUUAGCACUAAAAAAAUCUUAACAGACUAAAUUUUAGCACUGAAAAAAAAUGUUAACAGAAUAAAUUUUAUCAUUAAAAAAACUCUGAACAGUACUGGUAGUGUAUGAAAGAAAAAUGGAUACAUCCCUCAUAAAUAUUACUAGUUGUUGUCUCACCCAGGACCUGUCCAUAAAAUGUAACUUUAAAUUAAGUCCCAUCAUUUAAUCAUUAUGUUUGUAAUACCACUAGGGCCGACUUACAGAUGGUAAAGGUAAACUGGUAGAAUGUAAAGAUGCCAUUUUUAUAAUGACAUCCAACUUGGCAAGCGAGGAAAUAGCAGAGCAUGCCAUUCAACUUCGACAGGAGGCCGCAAAUAUGUCAAAGUUAAGAGGCACUACACACAUAGGUUUGUUGAGCUUCAAACUAUCAUCGUCUUAUUUUGUAAAUAUCUGCACAUCAAGUUAAUUAGGGUGUAACCUGUAAAAAAAAUAAAUUAUUUUCGUAAUAUUACUUGAAUAGGUUAGAGAGAAAUAGAGGGGCGACAGUGUUUUACUUUGACCAGGGCCCCCAUCGCUGUUAAGAUGGCCCUGACUGAACCAUCAAAACAGUUUGAACUUAACUCUUACUGCAUCAUUUGUACCGGUACCAUCAACAAUGUUGCUAUGGCCAAUGUGGGGCUCUGGCCUGCAUCAAACAUACUUCCAUUGAGAACAAUCUGUGGCUUUGUGUCUCCAUGCGCGGGCCCCACUGGUGCAAAUCUGUGUCCACAUCAUUAAUCCAUGUCAGUCCUGGUCAGCCCACUGGAUAUGUUUCAUGUGCCUCUUUGUUUUUGUCUUUGACUUUAAUAGUAAAACAUGUUUGUACCAGUUACAUGUAAUGUUUACUUAUAAAAUAAACUAUUCACAUUUUCAGAGGAUCUUGAGCAGACUGAAAAGGUGACAAUAUCAAGAAAUUUUAAAGAUCAAGUUGUCCGGCCAAUUUUAAAGGUACUUUUAAAGGAUUAUAUCAGCUUUUUUGCAUUUGAUGUAAUAUUGAUAAGAGUUUUCCACAACUGAAAACUAAUUGUGUAAUAUUAUAUCAAAUGCUGUUUACCAGUUAAAUAUAUGUUAAGAUUAUUUGAGCAAAAUACUAUUGGAUAUAAAAACUGUAAACAUUAAAAAGAAAAUUAAGUUGUCUUUUUUUGGAUUAAAUAAAUAAAAUCAAUUUUUGGAUAUCUUCAGCGGAAGUUUCGUCGCGAUGAAUUUCUUGGGAGAAUCAAUGAGAUUGUUUACUUUUUGCCUUUCUCACAAUCUGAGCUUACUAAGCUGGUUACUAAAGAGCUGGAGUUUUGGGCUAAUAGAGUAAGUUUUGUAUCUGCAGUGUUUCAGCAAUUGUACUUGACUGUCUGUGGUGUUCUUUUAAAGAAACAUUAAGUAUUUUGAUACAAAAUGGAAAUUUUAAAAUAUACAUGCACGGUUGUCAAUAAAAUUUCUUUUUCAGUAAUCUGUAAUAGUAAUAGUGUUCAAAUUUUUAAAAAAUUAAUUAAAUACCCAUUUAAUUUACAUUUACAAAAUAUCUUUGCAAUUUAAAAAUCCCCCAAAAAUUCAACAAUACGGGUAAGUAGGAAGUUUCUGACCUGUUCCUUUAGGCAAAAAGCAAGCACAACAUUGAACUUAUGUGGGAUCAUCGAGUAGUUGAUACACUAGCAGAAGGAUUUGACACUCAUUACGGAGCCAGGUCAAUCAAAUAUGAGGUACGAUUAACUUUGGAUUCUUGAUAAAUUUCAGCAUGUUUUAUCAGGAAGCAUUUCCUAGUAAAUACAAGAUUGAAAGCAUGAUUGAGUUGUGUAAUUUUGUAUAAUUGAGUUUGACAUUUUUUUUAAGGAAGGCAGAUAACUUCCCAUAAAUAUUAACCAAAUUUGCUUAUAAAAAAUAUUUACUUAAAAGUGAAUAAUACCAUACAGAAGCUUAAAUUAAAUUUUUAAAUGGACUGAUAUAUUUUUUAAUGGUGAUUUAAUUCAGUACUUUUGACAAUUUUUAACCUAAGUGCAUAGACAAAUAAAAGCAGUGUCAAUUUUUGAAGAUAAAGCAAGAUUUAGCUGCAACAUAAGCAAAAUAUUUGUAAAACUUGGCAGUAGAAAAACUCUCCAUCUCAACAUAAUAAUUAUGUAAUGCUCUUUUUACAACAUGGAUCUGUAGGCAGAUAUUUGUGUUAAGAAAUGCAUGACAAGAAAUGUAGAGGAAUGUUAAUUUUUGUCCCAUUACCAGGUGGAGAGAAGAGUGAUAACCCAACUUGCCAUGGCACAUGAGAGACAACUCAUUAAUACAGGAAGCAAAAUAAGAAUAACUGUUUCCAAGGGCAAUGAUCUCCUUGUAAACCCUGGCUCCAGUGAUGAUGGAGAAGCAUCGACCAUAAAAUUACAAAUUCUUGAAUCUGCCUCAUCAGGAGUGGAAAAAUAUAGGGAUAUCCUACUGGACAAUGCUAACAAUCCCUUUGCUAUGCCUGCAUAGUUCAAGAGAAGUUAACACAUGAAGUUUACUAAACCUUAACUUUGCCAGUUAUGAUAAUUUGUUUAUUUCUGAUUGGUGUUUUGGAGUUUCUCUUUGGAACAUAAUAUUUCCAAAUUGACUAAAAAAAAGAGAACCACUUUUGAAAUAUACUGAUACAAUUUAGUGGUGUUGAGCAAGGAAUUCUUGACAAACAAAGAAGCAGAUAGCAGUCUAAUAUUUUUAGCAUACAAGAAAUUUUAACAUUAAAUAAAUAAAGCUGAAACUUUGGAAAGUCUGAAAGCAUUUGUAUGUUUUGUUUGUUUUGUGUAAAGGCUCUUGUAGGAUAACAUCCAUGUGUAAAGGCUCUUGUAGGAAACAUCCAUGUGUAAAGGCUCUUGCAACUUGCAGGAUAACAUCCACGUGUAAAGGCUAUUAUAAAAAUAACUGGAGAAAACCAUAGCACUCUUGACUAAUACUAAUA